GUUGCAGAUGUGUUAUGUCACUUCAGAACCACCAGGAGGAGCCCUUAAGGCAGAAAUAAUACUAGGACAUUAGUAGGCUUAAUAUAAUUAGUAGGCCUAAUAUGUGUAGAAUUAGUAGGCCUAAUGGAAUUAGUAGGCUUAAUAGAAUUAGUAGACUUAAUAUGUGUAGAAUUAGUAGGCCUAAUAUGUGUAGAAUUAGUAGGCCUAAUAUGUGUAGAAUUAGUAGGCCUGAUAUGUGUUGAAUUAGUAGGCCUAAUAUGUGUAGAAUUAGUAGGCCUAAUAUUUGUAGAAUUAGUAGGCCUGAUAUGUGUUGAGUUAGUAGGCCUGAUAUGUGUAGAAUUAGUAGGCCUGAUAUGUGUUGAAUUAGUAGGCCUGAUAUGUGUUGAAUUAGUAGGCCUAAUAUGUGUAGAAUUAGUAGGCCUGAUAUGUGUAGAAUUAGUAGGCCUAAUAUGUGUUGAAUUAGUAGGCCUGAUAUGUGUAGAAUUAGUAGGCCUGAUAUGUGUUGAAUUAGUAGGCCUGAUAUGUGUUGAAUUAGUAGGCCUGAUAUGUGUUGAAUUAGUAGGCCUGAUAUGUGUAGAAUUAGUAGGCCUGAUAUGUGUUGAAUUAGUAGGCCUGAUAUGUGUUGAAUUAGUAGGCCUGAUAUGUGUUGAAUUAGUAGGCCUGAUAUGUGUUGAAUUAGUAGGCCUGAUAUGUGUUGAAUUAGUAGGCCUGAUAUGUGUUGAAUUAGUAGGCCUGAUAUGUGUAGAAUUAGUAGGCCUGAUAUGUGUUGAAUUAGUAGGCCUGAUAUGUGUUGAAUUAGUAGGCCUAAUAUGUGUAGAAUUAGUAGGCCUGAUAUGUGUUGAAUUAGUAGGCCUGAUAUGUGUUGAAUUAGUAGGCCUGAUAUGUGUUGAAUUAGUAGGCCUGAUAUGUGUUGAAUUAGUAGGCCUAAUAUGUGUAGAAUUAGUAGGCCUGAUAUGUGUUGAGUUAGUAGGCCUGAUAUGUGUAGAAUUAGUAGGCCUGAUAUGUGUUGAAUUAGUAGGCCUGAUAUGUGUUGAAUUAGUAGGCCUGAUAUGUGUUGAAUUAGUAGGCCUGAUAUGUGUUGAAUUAGUAGGCCUGAUAUGUGUUGAAUUAGUAGGCCUGAUAUGUGUUGAAUUAGUAGGCCUGAUAUGUGUUGAAUUAGUAGGCCUGAUAUGUGUUGAAUUAGUAGGCCUGAUAUGUGUUGAAUUAGUAGGCCUGAUAUGUGUUGAAUUAGUAGGCCUGAUAUGUGUUGAAUUAGUAGGCCUGAUAUGUGUUGAAUUAGUAGGCCUGAUAUGUGUUGAAUUAGUAGGCCUGAUAUGUGUUGAAUUAGUAGGCCUGAUAUGUGUUGAAUUAGUAGGCCUGAUAUGUGUUGAAUUAGUAGGCCUGAUAUGUGUUGAAUUAGUAGGCCUAAUAUGUGUUGAAUUAGUAGGCCUAAUAUGUGUUGAAUUAGUAGGCCUGAUAUGUGUUGAAUUAGUAGGCCUACUAGAUUUUCCAGCUGUUGACACUGAAGAUCAUAUGAAUGUAUAA